AGUAGAUCUGAAAUUACUCUCGCUGUUUUCUAUUAAUUUUUUAAGUAAAAUGUCUGAAAACGAAGAAAAAACUUCGUUAUUACCACAUCACGUACAACAAGAAUUGUGUACGACACGUUUACCUUAUCGGCAAGGAAGAAAACUAACUGCGGUGAAGGUCUACACUGUCAACAAUGAAUCAACUCAUCUCUUAAUCUUCGGUGUUCCAUCAAUAAAUUUGAGACAAGAAACCAAGUCUUUAGUGCAGCGGUAUGGUGCCAUCAAAAAGUUCAACCUAACCAAAGAAUAUGAGUGCGAGAUAUUCACCGAAGCAUACCACAUUCAGUACGAGAAGAUACAAUCCGCGCGAAUAGCAAAGAAGUACUUAGACUGCAAGAACUACUACGGAGGGGUCCUGCACGUGUGCUACGCCCCAGAAAUGGAAACGGUCAACGAACUAAAAGAAAAACUAAUGGAACGCAGGAAAGACGUGUUCUACAGAUUGCACAAGAACGAACAAGAUUUAUCCUUUAGCAAGAACACAGUUGUUAAUGAAAUUGACAAUGUAAUCCAAGAAAAAGUCAUGGAGAAAGCUAAAUUGAAUAUGGGCAAUUUUAACCUUAUACAUUCUAAUAAAAGGAAGGCGAUUAAUAGUAAUUUAGUUAAUAAAAGGCUUAGAAAUAGCCAUCAUUUAACAGAUUAUAAAAAAAUAAACGCAAAAAUAGAUGUUUUAGAAAACAAUGUCACUAUACAAAAAAGUCCUAAAAUUGAAUUAAAACACAAAGAUAAUGUCGAACUACAAAAAAGAUUGAAGACUGAUAUUGACAUUGUCGAUUGUACUAGUACAGAGAGAGAAACGAUUACUAACAUUAAUGAAGCAUUGAAUUACAAUAAAUUCGGAAAUGAAAUAAUUAGGAAUGUCAUUAAUAAACCUCCUAAUAAAAUUAUAUUUAGUUUUAAUAAAAACAGCUAAUGAAAUUUGAGGUUUUCAUUUAUUGACCGACA